GGGUUACAAACAUACACGAGAGACAGAGUGGGCGUGACAGGUGAAACUGAAGAAGGCCUGACAUACGACUCAUGGCCGCCAAAGCGGGAGCAACUCCGGCGACAUACUCACCGUCUCCGACCACCAAUAAAAAGACCAGACCCCCUCUUUUCACCGACGUUGAUUGGGUCCGUCCUGACGGUCGCGAUUUCCACCAGUGCAGACCUGCAUUUUUACGUACGGGUGCGGUAAAUGCAGCAUCAGGGUCUGCUUAUGCAGAAUUUGGUAACACCAAAGUUAUUGUGUCUAUUUUUGGGCCCAGGGAAAGUAAGAAAGCAAUGAUGUACAGUGAUAUUGGUCGUCUGAAUUGUAACGUUAGUUAUACAACUUUUGCCACUCCAGUUCGUGGUCAGGCGUCAGAGAACAAAGAUAUUUCGUCACAGCUGCAUAAGUCUUUGGAGGGUGCCAUCAUGCUCGAUACAUUUCCGAAAACAACCGUGGACGUAUUUGCAUUAGUUUUGGAAUCUGGAGGCUGUGAUCUUCCUGUUGUAAUCUCGUGUGCUAGUCUUGCCUUGGCAGACGCAGGGAUUAUGAUGUAUGAUUUGGUUGCUGCCGUUUCUGUGUCUUGCCUUGGGAAGAAUCUUGUGAUUGACCCUGUUACAGAAGAAGAAAACUAUCAAGGUGGUAGUUUGAUGAUUACGUGCUUACCAUCUCGCAAUGAGGUUACUCAACUGACAAUAACCGGUGAAUGGUCCGCUUCAAAAAUUCACGAGGCAAUGGAAUUAUGUCUCGAUGCGUGUUCCAAGCUAGGAAAGAUCAUGAGGUCUUGUUUGAAAGAAUCUGCCUCCACUUCACAAGAAUGAACAGCCUAAGAUGUGUUUUUUCGAAUUCUAUUUUCUCAUUGCAAAUUACAUGUCUUGUAUUGUGCUGUCUAACAUGUGAAAAGUGUUCUCUGGCCUAAAUUUUGCUUCUUUAAUCCAUGUUUUGUUUUCCUUAGGCGUAAAAGUCUGUGUUGCUAGCUUAAAUUUUGCUAUCGUAAUCAUUGCCAUUCUUCU